AGCCCAGAUGUAGGUUUCAGUAGUGAAGGGGAAGAAGCAAGGAUUCAGAGGUCUUUCUCUUGAUGUAUCCUGCCUGUCACUGAGGUUUUUUUCUGGAGAUAUGGUACUGUAGAGGCUGGUCUGGCUGGCAACAAAGCUAUCACAGGAGUGUACUGAGAAAGUGUGGGGAAAGAGCAUCAGCUGCAGCAUCCCAACCACACAGUGCCCCAGCACUGCUCAGAGGUUGCAGUGGUGCUGAAUUGCCAUCUCCUGCUCAGACUUCAGGAGGGGCAGGUCUGACUUUUGCAUGCGCAAGGACAUAUUUAACCAUUUAUAUAUAAAAUACAUGUACAGUACACGAUGAUCAGCUUAGCUGUCCCCCAGAGCAGUACGCUCUCACGGUUUACAGACAUUGCAGCGUGGUCCAGUGCUGCCACGAUUCUCCACGUCUGCUUUUUGGUGAGUCUUUAUCUUCCGAUUGUUGCCAAGGUGUGAACUCCCGGAUAGGCAGCAGAUCAGUAGCAAUGGAAAUCUGUUCCUAGGUCCAGAACCGGUUUGUAGGGUUGAAUUUAAUGCUAAGCACAGCUUUGACUUGGUAAGUAAGAUGCCCUCUGGGUGAAAUGGCUUUCAGUGAAUGAGCACACAGAGCUCUUGCUAUACAAGGAAGAUGUUGUUUGUAAAUCUUGAUUUUAUGUGUUACUCUGGGAGAGGGUGUCCUUUGCUUCCACGCUGCUGCUGCACGGCACUGUGUUACUGCAUACACUGAUAGGGCAGAGACUGGCCUGUUGCUGCUGGAAAAGAAUGAAGAAGUUCCUAUCGUGAAAUGGAGGACAACAAGGGUGAGGGGUUGGCUGUGUCCUGAUUUCAAACACUGCUCAUGUUUCCUUUAGCUCUUGCUGACAUUUGUAUUAACAUACCUUCAUCUGGAAAACAUGAUUUCUUAAAAAAAGGUAAGAGAAUUACACAAACAGUGUGAGGGUUCACUUUUGACAUGGUCAAACUAGAGAUUUCGCUUGGCCCCCGAAGUGAAACAGUGCUAAAGCUUAGCAGCAGGACCUGUUUUGGAACAACAGCAGUUGUAAAUGCCAGAGAACUCCAGUCUUACAUGCCAGAGAAUCCAGAAAGGAAAUCCUUCUGCUUUCACAGUUAAAGGCCCAGUUUAUGCUCCAUGGCCUGUCAGUCACCACAGGGUGGGUGUCACGCUUUCAGUGUGGAGCAGGUUAAAGAGGAGCACAAACGCCUGCAACCUACCUGUAGAGAAAAUGGUGUGCAGCUGUAAGUCACGCAUGUACGCGGAGCUCGGGUGCCUGAGGAGCAAGCCUACGCCUGACGUCACAAGUCAGUGACAUCAGAACCGCUGCCACCAGGCCUCCAGGCAGGCAUCCCUCUGCUUGCUUGUGCUGAGCCCGGGUGGAGCGGUGGCAGAGCGAUGCUGCUGAGCAGCACGGCCAGCCCUAGCUGUAAGCAAGUCACAGCUGUGCAGGAAGGGCCCGCGAGGAAGGCAGCGCCAGACAAAAGCCAUUCGAAGCCGAUCAGGGACAGGCAUGCAUCAAAGACCAAGGGUUACCUGGAGGUGGUGAAGCGAACUGAAGCUGUAGUUGUAGACACGGGCACGGGUUACUUUAAGUGUGGCUUCGCAGGGGAACCGUGGCCUUCCCAUAGCGUUUCAUCAGUUGGUAACCACGUACAGGAAACCAAGGACAAACAAGAAGAAACCUUUAUUGGAAGAGUGCCUCAGAACACCUGCGUGCCCUUAAAACUCAUCAGCCCGUUAACACAUGGCAUAGUGGUGGACUGGAAGUCUGUCCAGGAUAUUCUGGAGUGUAUUUUCCAGAUGCGGAUGCAGAUUCGGCCGGAGGACCACGCUCUCCUGAUGUCAGUGCCUCCCCUGUGUUCCAUCGCUGACAAGAAGAAAUAUGCUGAGAUGAUGUUUGAAGGCUUUCACGUGCCUGCUGUACACCUCGCCUACCAGUCCCAGUUAUCCAUGUACUCUUACGGGAAAACCUCAGGUCUCGUGGUGGAGAGUGGCCAUGGUGCUUCGCACGUGGUUCCCAUCUACGAAGGUUAUGUUCUGCGCAGCAUCACAGGCAGCGUAGAUUAUGCUGGCUUGGACAUAACAAAUUACCUCAUGCAGCUACUAAAUGAGUCUGGAUACACGUUCACAGAAUACCAGCUAAACAUCAUAGAAGAUCUCAAAGAGAGGUGUUGUUACACUUCUCUGGACCUCACACAGGACUUGAAUUUGCCUCUUAAGAAACAACAAACUGAUUACGAGCUGCCAGACGGGCGUGUCAUCACAGUAGGCAAAGAGAGAUUCCUGUGUGCUGAAGCGCUCUUCAAACCAUCCCUGUUUGGCUCACAGCAACCCGGGCUUUCGCAGCUGACACUUGGCUGCCUCAAGAAGUGUGAUGCUGACAUCAACAAAAAGCUGGUGAGGAACGUCCUGCUGUGUGGGGGCAGCACCAUGAUGGAAGGUUUUCCUGACCGCUUCCAGAGCGAACUGAGCAGGAUGUGGCCUAGUGACAAGGUCCUCAUAACGGCGUCACCUCAGAGGAAGUCUUCCGUCUGGAUUGGUGGGUCAAUCCUGGCCUCGCUCUACUCUUUCCAGAAGCUUUGGGUUUACAAGAGGGAAUAUGAAGAAUGGGGUCCUUCCUGCAUUUUUAAGAAGUGCUUCUGAGGGGGACGCUGGCUAUCUCACAACUAUUUUUGAAAAAGUUGCAGGGCCAGAACUGGAGAGGACUGCAGACUCUUCAUCACUUCUUCCCCUGAUCAGAAGGUAGUUUCCAUGACACUUUGGACUAGAUGCUGCUACCUGUUUGAAGACCCAAACCCAGUAAAAAGCUGUUAUCCACUGCAGCCAUUCAUGUGUUUUGCUGUCUUAAGUCUUUGUGUUCGUACAAUCUCCUUUCCAGCCUCAUCACAAUGCUUGAAAACAGGCUUAAGCCAUCCCCACACCACCCAGCAGAGGCCAUGUAACUCAGAACAGCUGGAAAUAAAACCGCUCCAAAGCUUAUAUAACGCCGACAAAGGAUUGCUUUACUACUGCACCCCAACCAUCCCAAGCCAGCACAGUGUGUGUGUACAGUGCAGGCUCAUACGGCCACCCCAACUUGAUGGAGUCCUUGCGUCAAGAAAACAACAACUGCAGCACUAGACACAUUAAUGUCAUGCAUGAAGAACGCAGCCCAUUGCUGUGUACACCGCAGAUACCACAGACAGGAAUUACUUUGUUGGUGCUGGCAUUCUUCCCACAGUGCAUAACCAAAUAGGCCUGCACUGAACACAAAGCUGCCAGGCCAAAACUAACUGAGAGGAAGGGCUGGGGUGGGUGGAGCUGUGCUGCUUCCACUGAAAGCAUCCAGCCUCGUCUGCAGAGCUUGUCCCCUUCCUCUGCUCCCUGGACUGGUGUGCUGUUACUUCUCGAGCCAGAUUGCAGCAGUAUUCUGUAUUAAAAUAAUUCUAAUUCUCAGGUAUGAAUUUGCACAUCAGUUUCCAUCUGAAAGGGUUCUGCAAUAGCACAGAGCGUAAUCGGGGCACAGCUGCUCACCUGCCAGUGCCAUACAGCAGCAUCAAACACAGAUAACUAGGAUAGCAUUACCCAGCAGUGUGCAACACCAACACAAGUAUCCCACACCAGCUUUUUCACAUGUUCUCAUGUACCCAAGAUGUCCCUGGUGCAAGAUCAGCAGGGCAGUAACGGCUGUCAGUACUACAGGGUUCACUCUGAUGUAACAAAGUGAUUCUGAUGAAAAUCCGCUAUUACCAACACUCAACUUCAGCAGAGAAAACAUAACUUAUUUGGUUAGCAGCUACAGUUUGCUAUUAGUACAGACUUACUGGUGAGAUCUCUAAACCAGGCUGAGCAGCUUAAAAUGUGACCUGCCCUCAUGGCAGGUACUGUUACCAUCCACAGGAGGAAGUGUGAUGAAGAAAAAGCACCCACUGGGCACUCGUGGGUUUGCUUCACCUGGAAGGCAGGGCACAGUGGUGGCAGAUGUUGGAUUCCGUCAGCAGCGUUCAGAUCUGCACAGCCUGCUACUCCCCACC